CUCCACAUCCAGGACCAAGGGACACACGGCUCAGAACUCGGUCACCUCCGGACCGAACGGAACUCUGCAGAGGCUUCAGUCUUUUCUGUCCUGCACGGAACCAGCUGUAGUUUCUCCUCCCGGACCCGGAUCGAGCGGACAGGUGGACACAUGCUGGGGUUCGGACCGGUGGUUCGGCUGCUGUGGCCGCUGCUGGUGAGCUGCUGCAGGCCGUCUUCGGCCCAGGAGCUGCUGGCCAACGGGCUGAACGGAUACAGCCUCCACCCGCCCUACUUCAACCUGGCGGAGGGCACGAAGAUCACGGCCACCGCCACCUGCGGGGAGGACGAGUCCGGCCGGAGCCUGCAGGACCUUUACUGCAAGCUGGUGGGGGGCCCGGUGUCAGGGGACCCGAGCCAGACCAUCCAGGGGCAGUACUGUGACAUUUGCAGUAAGGAGGACGGUGACCGCGCCCAUCCCAUCACCAACGCCAUCGACGGGACUGAGCGAUGGUGGCAGAGCCCCCCCCUGUCCCGCAGCACCGAGUACAACGAGCUGAAUGUCACCCUGGACCUGGGCCAGCUCUUUCAUGUGGCCUACGUCUUGAUUAAAUUUGCCAACUCUCCUCGACCAGACCUGUGGGUCCUGGAGAGGUCCACGGACUUCGGACAGACCUACCAGCCCUGGCAGUACUUUGCCUCCUCUAAAAGAGACUGUAUCGAGCGGUUCGGACAGAGGACCAUUGAGAGGAUCAGCUCUGAUGAUGACGUCAUCUGCACCAUCGAAUACUCACGGAUAGUGCCAUUAGAAAAUGGAGAGAUCGUGGUGUCCCUGGUGAACGGUCGUCCCGGAGCCAUGAACUUCUCCUACUCACCAGUGCUGAGGGAAUUCACCAAGGCCACCAACAUCCGGCUGCGYUUCCUGAGAACCAACACGCUGCUGGGGCACCUGAUGGGCAAGGCACUGCGGGAUCCCACCGUCACCCGCAGGUAUUACUACAGCAUCAAAGACAUCAGUAUUGGAGGACGAUGUGUGUGUAAUGGACACGCUGAGGCCUGCGACGCCAAGGACCCUAAUGACCCCUACAAAUUGCAGUGUGACUGUCAACAUAACACUUGUGGUGUGUCCUGUGACCAGUGUUGUCCUGGAUAUCAUCAGUUACCAUGGAAACCUGCCACCACCUACAGUGCCAACGAAUGUGAAUCCUGUAACUGUCACCGUCAUUCUUUCGACUGUUACUACGAUCCUGACGUCGAUCGGAGGAGAGCCAGCGUUGACCUUCACGGACACCACCGAGGAGGCGGAGUCUGCCUCAACUGCCAGCAUCACACCAUGGGAAUUAACUGUGAGCGCUGCCUCCCCACCUUCUACAGGUCACCUGACCACCCCAUCGACUCCCCCCAGGCCUGCUUACCCUGUAACUGUCAGUCAGAGUUUACAGACGGUACCUGCGAGGAUCUGACCGGACGCUGCUUCUGCAAACCAAAUUACGCUGGAGAGAACUGUGACUCCUGCGCCAGCGGCUUCAUCAACUUCCCCGAGUGUUACCCCAUCCCCACCUAUCCCCCCAACAACAACGGGGAGGCCAAACCAGCCGGAGAGAUCAUCAACUGUGAGUGCAGUGCAGCAGGUACAGUGGAUAACUCCUGCAGGCCGGACCCUCGCACUCAGACCUGCAUCUGUAAACCAGGAUUCACCGGAGACCACUGUGACACAUGCGCUCCGGGUUUCUACGGACUCAACUGUCAGGCCUGUCAGUGUUCUGGUCCAGGCUGUCUGGACGGAUCAUGUGACCUGAUAACUGGCAGUGGAAUAUGUCGAAGUGGUUUUCAUGGUUACCAGUGUGAUCAGUGUGCUCCUGGUUACUUCAACUACCCUCUGUGUCAGCCUGGUGCCUGUCAUCCUGCCGGCUCGGUUCAGUCUGCAGUCCUGCCAUCAGUGGGGGAGUGUGAGUGUCGUCGUCACGUUGAGGGUCCUGCCUGUGACAAAUGUAAACCUCUGUUCUGGAACCUCUCCCCUGAUUCUGUGGAUGGAUGCUCCGACUGCGAGUGCAACACGGCAGGGACUCUGAGCGCUGUGGCUGAGUGUGAACAGGAAAGAGGUCAGUGCCACUGUAAACCCAACGUCUGCAGUGGAACCUGCUCGACUUGUAAAGACGGCUUCUACAACCUGCAGGAUCACGACUACUUUGGCUGCCAGGGCUGCCGGUGUGACACUGGGGGGUCGGUGGGUCAGUUCUGUGGAGACAGAAAUGGUCAGUGUCGUUGCAGACCCAACGUAGAAGGACCUCAGUGUAAUCUGCCUCGUCCAGAUCAUUACUUUCCUGACCUCCACCAUUUAAAGUUUGAGAUUGAGGAGGGAUCGAUGCUGGAUGGCCGGCCGGUCCGAUUCGGAUAUAACCUCCUGGAGUUCCCAGACUUUAGUUGGAGAGGUUAUGCUCAGAUGUCCCCCAUCCAGUCCAAAGUGUUGGUGUCGGUGUUGGUCACCUCUCCAGACCUCUUCCAUGUAGUGCUUCGUUAUGCYAACUGGGGUGGUUCUGCUGUUCGGGGCAGGGUGGCGAUCGUAGAGGACAGCUGGAAUUACUACUUUGGGAAUUGUUCAGAACAAUCCAAACAAAUCCUCUUUACUCCCAGCUCCCAGCCAACCUUCAUCAAYGUUCCCCAGAACAACUACGUUGAGCCAUUUGUUCUGAACCCAGGGACCUGGACUGUGGUCAUAGAGGCUGAAGGAAUCCUUCUGGACUACCUGGUGCUGCUGCCCAGUGCGUACUACGAAGCUCCCAUCCUGCAGAUGAGAGUCACUGAUCCUUGCACCUACAGCUCUGUUUCACACAGCACCCAGAACUGUCUGCUGUACCGGUAUCUGUCUCUGGACUCCUUCCCUUCCAUCUCGGGAAACGACGCCAGUUGCCGUAAUGACAACCACCUGCCGCGGCCCUGCCCAACGGAGAAGGUCACCCCGCGCCAUCCCACCAUGGCCGUCUGCAGCGGCWUGGAUAUCAGCGUGGACCUUGGAGGGCACGUGUCGUCUCCAGGAGAUCACGUUCUGAUUGUGGAAUACUCAAGUGAAGAAGAAUUACCUCAGACUCUGUCUGUUGUUGUCAACACACCAGUUGCACGGAAAAAUCAGCACCGAGUCACCCUGCUGCACUGCACGUACAGCUUCCUGUGUCGAGCCGUGGUGAUGGAUGAACAGAACAGAGUGGCGGUCUUCACUCUGCCUGCUGACACACAGGUCCAGCUCACAUCCAAUCGGGCCAGCUUCUUCCUGAACAAAGUGUACCUGGUGCCUAAAGCCCUGUUCAACAUGGAGUAUGUUGAACCUAAAGUCCACUGCAUCAGCUCUCAUGGACUUUUUUCUCCUGACAGUUCCUCCUGUGUCCCAUCACGCUUCCAGACACCAACAGACUCUCUGGUCCUGAAGGAGGGCCAGAGCUCCUCCACGCAGGAGGAGAUCUUCCAUGUGUCUCCAGCAGCAGGUCCUCCUCUGUCUGUCCACCAAGGCCAGGAGCCUGUCUGGAUAGAAGGAGUCAGACCUCCCUUUGGAGCAGACAGCAGCAGUCACAUGCGACUGGACUCGCUGCAGAAUGCUGUUGUGUACUCAGCUCGUGUCCAGUCUCCUGGACGCUACAUCUUCAUCCUCCACUUUCACCAGCCUCUUCAUCCCACCUAUCCGGUGCAGGUCUACAUCAAUGGAGGACGGAUCUGGCAGGGUAUCACCAACGCCUCCUUCUGUCCUCAUGCCUACGGCUGCCGGAACGUGCUGGUCUCUGAGAAUCAGAUCAUCCUGGACGUGACGCAGCACAGCCUCUUCCUCACAGUUCAGAUACCUGCAGAUAAAACCCUGUGGCUGGACUAUGUGCUGGUGGUUCCUGAGACGAGCUACAGCUCCAGUUACCUGAAYGAAGAACCUCUGGACAAGUCCUAUGACUUCAUCAGCAGCUGUGGCCAAAACAGCUUUUAUAUCGUGUAACUGUGGUCCGAGGCUGUGUGAGCCCGUCACAGGGGACUGCAUCUGUCCUCCCAGGACAUUGCGCCCCGAAUGCACCCAGUGUGAACCUCAGACGUUCGGCUGCCACCCACUGGUGGGCUGCGAGGUCUGCAACUGCUCUCAUCCCGGAGUGGUCUCCUCUGACGUGAGCUGUGACACGUUCAGCGGACAGUGCAGCUGUAAGAACAAUGUUGUCGGUCGCCGGUGCGACCACUGCGCCCCUGGUUUCUAUGGUUACCCCAACUGUAGGCCAUGUGACUGUAACGAAGCGGGAACAGAGGAGGGCGUGUGUGACUCCUUCACAGGGCAGUGUCUCUGCAAGGAGAACGUCCAGGGUUCUCGAUGCGAUCAGUGCAGGAUCGGUACAUUUCACUUGGACCCAACCAACCCUAAAGGCUGCACCAGCUGCUUUUGUUUUGGAGCCACAGAUCGCUGCCACAGCUCCAACAAAAGACGCACAGAGAUCAUGGACAUGGAGGGCUGGGUUCUGCUGGGAGCAGACAGACAGGAGGUCCCGGUCACGGUGUACCCUGAUCAGGACCUUGUGGAGGCUGACCUCAGUGACGUUCCUGAUGUCUACCAGGACCUCCACUGGCACGCACCUAACAAGUACCUGGGAGACAAGGUCUCGUCUUAUGGGGGAUAUCUGAGGUAUCGUCUUCACACGCAGGCGAUGAGAGGGGAUGCACUGCCCCUGCCAGCUGAAGCUUCCAGGCCUGAUAUCAUCCUGAAGGGGAACCAGAUGACCCUGGUGUUCAUGGAGAGAGAGUACUCCUCACCUGAAGAGCCUCACCUGGGAAUAGUUCACAUAGUGGAGGGAAGUUUCCGUCACGCUCAGACAGGGAACUCUGUGUCUCGGGAGGAGCUGAUGAUGGUUUUGGUCGACCUGGAGUCUCUGCAGGUCCGAGCGCUCCACUCUCAGUCRGCCCACUCGGUGUCACUGCGCGGCGCUGUGCUGGAGGGGGCCGAGAACCUGCCGACUGGACGUCACGCCAACAACGUGGAAAUCUGCACGUGUCCCGCCAAUUACCAUGGAGAUUCAUGUCAGACAUGUGCUCCAGGUUUCUACAGAGACACCAUUGGGCUGUUUCUGGGAAAGUGUGUUCCCUGUAGCUGUAACGGACACUCGGACCAGUGCCUGGAUGGGUCUGGAAUCUGUGUGAACUGCCUGCAUGACACCAUCGGCAACCACUGUGAGGGAUGUAAGGGUGGUUUCCAUAGUAACAACAGCCUGGAUGGACAGGCGGUGUCCUGCUCCAGUUGUCCCUGUCCACUGAGGGCCCCGUCCAACAAUCUUGUGCGCUCUUUUUUCCUCACUCUUAUUAUAUUUUUCCCCAUAUUUUCCUGACUUACUGCAACUCAUUCUCACUUUGUUUUGUCACUUGUAACCAGAGGUGAAGAAGUAGUU